AACCAGGAUUACUUCAGGUCGGUCAGCAGCGAGUCCACCACAUACAUGAUGGUUCCGGCGAACAGCCGCGGUCGAGACUCUCAGUCAAAGUUAUGGAUCGCGAUGGUGGUGAUCGUGGUGGUCGUGCUGCAGAUCGCUUCGACCACCGGACUCUUUGUCUACUUAAACAUGUACUAUCGCAGAGUUAAAAAUCAGGGGGUUACAGAAGAGCUGCGGUGCUUGGGCUUGCUCAACGCCCUGGAUAAAGACCGGGACAUUCCCGAAGACCUGGCCCAACUGUUUGGAGAACCUUGCAUCAAGCUAGCUGAGGGUAUCAAAGCCUAUAUUUCCAAGGUUACAGACAGUAUCAUCUCCAAACAGGCUUUACACGAAGCAAGAGCCAUGCCCCAUUCAUAUAACACAUCAGGGUCAAAGUUUAUGACCACAGUGACACAGCGACCUUCAGCCCACCUGACCCUUAGCAGCCUGCCAGGUGGCACUCAAUACUUCACCCCUCAACCAGACCUGCACCAGUCCUGCCGCCAUCCUGUACGUUCCUGGGCCAACCAGAGCUUCGGCGCCCAUCUGCACAACAUGACGCUGACCAACGGACGCCUUCGCGUACCCCAGGACGGACGCUACUACCUGUACUCCCAGGUGUACUUCCGCUACCCCUCUCCUAGCGAGGGCGAUCAGAACAGUGUUAGCCACCAGCUGGUUCAGUGCGUCUAUAAGAAAACCUCCUACCUGAGGCCCAUUCAGCUGCUGAAGGGAGUGGGGACCAAAUGUUGGGCUCCAGACGCAGAAUACGCCCUUCACUCGGUGUACCAGGGCGGCCUGUUUGAGCUGCGAGCAGGCGACGAGGUCUUUGUGUCCGUCUCAUCUCCCACAAUGGUGUACGGCGAGGACUCUUCUAGCUACUUUGGAGCUUUCCGUCUGGACCUGUGAGAAAAUAUCAGAGGAGCUAAACCGAGACUACAUCACCCAUUGGGUGGAUCGUUUUGGGGCUGUGACCCAAAGACUUCAUCGUUCAACUUUCCUUUCUUUAAGACUCUGAAUAUGUGAAGGAUGUGUGAAUGAGAGACAUUUUCGGUUGUUUCUUCUAAAGACAGAGGAAUGUAUGUAUAUUUUUACAGAUCACAUCAAAGAUGUGAUUCUUUGAAACGGUAGCAAAACAGGAGAGACAAAAACUCACACAAAGUGAAUCUGUGCCAGUGGUGGAUAGGGUUUGACGUGUGCGCUCGUCCGCUGGAGGGGAAUAUUUUUGUGUACAGCGGAUCGAAAACAGUUUUAAAAACAGAGAUAUGAGAAGAGAAUGAUGACAGCGGGAAUGUGGAGGAAAGAAACAUGAGAGGGCAAGUAUGCAGCUCUGCCAGCCUCAAAGGAGCAUCCUGGCAGGUUCAAGACUGCGGAAUUCUCCCCGUCCCGUCGGACCAGCGGAGCAACAUGCCCGGACAAGAAAAGCACCUAAAAAAGUUCACAUAAACACAGAGGAAUUCAGCUUGCUGCAUAGAUUGCAUUUAAGAACACCCAUUCUAUUGAGUAUUUAUGGCUUCCAAGCAUACAAAACACAGCGAUAAGAUAAAACACAUAGGUUUUGUAUCAGAUACAAAUCAUUUUUACAAGUCUCCCUCUGCUGUCUGGUCCAGGGUGCAGGAGGAAGUGCUGUCAGGGAGACACGUGCUUCCCGGCUCAUGUGGUACUGGCUAUAUGAAAGGUUAAAUAAACACUACGCUACACGGUUUGUUGAAAUGUUGCGCUUAUAUGAUGCUUUGUUUUUGCUGCACACACAUACAAAAACACACUCCAAGUGCACUCAAAAACACUAUGCUAGAUGUUACAUCCAUCUCUUUCUCUAUGUGGUUGGUUGGUUCAACCUGUGUAUAUAAUUGUAGGUUUGGAAAUGAAUGUAAUGUUCUCCCAUGAAAAUCCCACAAAAUGAGCCUCCCGCUGUAAACGUAAAUCGUGUGACGUUCUCCAAAUGAAACGGCGCUGCGAAGCUCAAUACAAGCCUGUUUUUUCUGAGGGAAAACUGUUUGAAGCAGGAGAGGGUGGGGGUGAUUACUUUCCACUGUAAAUGAUCAAGUGCUGUCACAAUGGUGUUUCUGAGAGCGAGCACAAACACUCACUUGGGUUUAAUUGUAAACCACAAGCAUGUUUUCUUCUCUCUGGACUCUGCCCCGGUUUUUACUGAUAAAGUCAGUGAGCUAAAGGGCCCCUGCCAAGACAGUGCCUUAAAUCACAUUAUACAGCAAGAACAAGGAAGCCAAGAAGACUCUUUGUGGCAUUUAGCUACGGACAUAAUGUUAGUUAUACCACAUAUUACAAAACUUGAGGUCCAUUCCAUCUGACUCUUAUCUGGAAUUUGUCUGGAAUAAGAAACUUGUAUGUUGAUCUUGUAAGUUAUUCUUCAGCAGGUUAAUGCUUGUGCCACAAUGCCAAAAUUUCCUCACACAGGGUGCUUUUUUUAUGUCUAGGGGAAUGUGAUGUCAUAUACCUAGGGGCGUCAGACUGGGGGUAAAACCAAUACUGAUUACCAGGGCCCCAAAGGAAGAGAGGGCCCUUGAAAAGUCUGGAAUAUAUUUUAUUUAAACUGGAUAUUUUCAUGGGGGCCCAUCAGGACUGCCUAUGCAUAGGGCCCGGGAUCUUGUGCAACGCCCCUGCAUAUACCACUAGGUUUUUUGUGUAAAACUGCCUUUGGGUUGUUGUUUUGCACUGAUCUGAAACUACCAACACACAUCGAAACUCAUAACUUUUACCAUGUUAAGGGAGGUUCAAAGUAUCUUUUAGAUCAGUGUUGAAGUCAUACAUGACCUCAUCAAUUACACAUCAUUAACCGCAUCAUUUUGCAGCCCAGUGAGAACUCGUACGUCGCCCGCUUGGCAAAAACAUAACCGUUUUGUCAUUUUUUCACCCUAAUGUCAUUUUAAACCUGUAUGACUUUCUGUCUUCUGUGGAACAUGAAAGAACUAUUUUGAAAAAUGUUUCAGUGUGUUUUUUUUGUUGUUGUUGUUCAUACUAUGAAAGUCAAUGGGGUCCAAAACAACACCAGACUCUGGAAAUGAGGUUUAUAAUGAAAUGAGGGUGAGUAAAUGACAGAAUUUUCAUUUUGGGGUUAACUUUCCUCCGAAGGAGUCUGGAUAAUCCUACCAAUUCGCACUGACCGAGCUCAUUAUCCCCGUCAAUCUGUUCUGGCCUGCCCAGGGUCUUGUGUGAGUGUGCACAUGUGUAUACAAGUUUAAAUAUGUACCUAUCUGUACAACAUGGCGGUCCUAGUGGGGUGAGGGGUGGCCUGGAGAGAGAAAUAUGGCUAAAUUCCAGCGGAUCUAGACGGAUUACAGCAGGACUUGCCCUCUGAACCACAAAGAACCACAAUGUGAACACAGAAGACAAAUGUAUGUUAGGUGCAUAUAUACAUGAGUGUGUGUUUUUUAAUUAAAUGCUUGACUGGUUUCUGAAACAGUGGAUGUGAUGGUUUGCAUACUUUAAAUCUCAGAGCUUUGCGGAGAUUUUACGGGACUGCUGUGAAAAACAUGAGCGGGGCAGAACACAGUGAAAUCCAGUGAGCAAGUUGAAACAAAAAGACUAUUGUGUUUCCUUCUCCAAUGAGAGUUUUUGUUUUUUCUUUGGGAUUGUUAAAUUCUCUGACCACCAAUCUGUGGGACUGUUUUUCAUUUAAAGAAAGAUGCUAUGCACUGUUUACCAAUGUUGUGUCUCCAUCUUGGUAAGAAUGUACUGAUAUCUCUCACACUCUCUCUUUACUGUAUAAUUUUACAAUGUCUGACCUGUGUCCUUUAAGCAGAAGUUCAAGGUGUCAUUUCCAACAAUUAAAGUGCCUUUCUAUGAA